GUUCCACAGCACUUUCAUCUUCCUUUGAGAAAAGCAAACACAGAAAGGUGAGAGAGAAGAAAGAACAAAUUCAAAAUGGGUUUUGAUGAUUUCAACUAUAAGGAUGAUGAAUACAUGGAGGAUGAAGGUCCUCUUCCAGGGUUUCGUUUCCACCCCACAGAUGAAGAACUAGUAGCUUUCUAUCUUCGCCGGAAGCUUGACAAGAAACCCACUAGUCUCGAACUCAUCAAACAGAUUGAUAUCUACAAAUAUGAUCCUUGGGAUCUUCCAAAAGCGAGUAGUACUGGUGGAGAGAAGGAGUGGUACUUCUUUUGCAAAAGAGGGAGGAAGUAUAGGAAUAGCAUAAGGCCGAACAGAGUGACUGGCUCAGGGUUUUGGAAAGCAACUGGGAUAGACAAGCCAGUUUACUCACUUGGAGGAGAAGGCAGUGACUGCAUAGGACUCAAGAAAACAUUAGUUUACUACCGUGGCUGUGCCGGUAAAGGCACCAAAACUGAUUGGAUGAUGCACGAGUUUCGCCUUCCCUCUUCUAAUAGUGACGCCAACACCAACCUUGCCCAAGAAGCUGAAAUUUGGACAUUGUGUCGAAUUUUCAAAAGAAACGUGUCCCAGCGAAAGUACACACCAGAUUUGAGACAAUUAGGAGCAAAGCGCCUUUCCACUGACAAGAUCGCUAGAAUGAGAAGUGUGGAGUUCGACACCAAUGGUGAAGCGUUUAUCAAUUUCGGCACAAGCCUUGGCCAUUAUCACAAUGAUCAUAAGCCCGUGAUUAACAGCAACACAUUAAGCAACGAUCAAAGGCAUCAUCAGUUUCAUGUGGCUGAGUUAAGCUGUCCCGUGGCACAACCACCUCAAUUGGCUGCACCUUCUUCGAACUUUUGGAUUGAGCCUGUAGCAAACGAUUUCUUCACGUUUGAGAAUUGGGAUGAGCUAGGAUCGGUUGUGAAGUAUGCUCUUGAUUCCCCUCUGAUGUAAAUAUAUAAUUAUUUCUACAGAUUAUCAUAAUUAGCAAGAAAUUAAUAGGAAUGAUAUAAUACAUAGACAUAUUUAUUUAUAUCUAUAUAUCGAGAGAAAGGAUUGGAUUUGUGUGAAAGUGGUUAACUAGUAUUUUCCAACUUUAAAUUUUGAACCCACUUAUCUGACAUCUAUGGACUCUUUGCUUGAAGUCUCUUAUAGACCCUUUCAAAUUUUCGAUUGUAAUAUGUAACCUCCGAUUGGUCUUCCUAGGUUGUGGGGCUGCUAUCCUUAUCCAUAUCAGCCUCCACUAUCCCUUGAUAGUCUAACUUUGGAAUAUUGAAGUGGAAAGCUAGCCAAUCUCUACGUUCUCAUUAAUGAGACGAGGGAAAGAAAGAUAUUUGCACACUCCUAGUGAGAUGGACACAACGAGAAGUAAGUCGUGGUUUAUGAUAUUUAUUCUCCUU